CAGCCCUGCGUACGGGGAAGCGGUCUGGAUGGGAUUUGAACCCCGGCCCUGCCGUUAGGGUAAGAACAUUGUCUGCAAAUCGAAUGGCCAUCCCUGCACCCCGAAAAGCUCAAGCAAUCAACUGUCAACAUUAGUUUGAACAUUGACUCAUAGAUGUCACCACCGGUUACCAUGGAUACUUAGCCAAGCGACAGUAUCGGCGUGUGCUUCAAAUUGCCUAACUUUAGGCGCCUUCGAUUUCGUUACAUUACAUUGAAUUACAUUAGAUUCCGUACCCUUCAAGGUUUUCAGCGCACGUCUAGAACAUCUUCGACACUGCAUUGCCGCCUGUUUGCCGAAGUCAUCUUUGUUUGGGGUGUUGCAACCGAACAACAGCCUUUUGGGGCGUUUGUUUUUUCUUCGUUCUUUCGAAAGAGCUACACACUCUCUCUCUCUCGCGCGCGCGCGCUCUUCAUCUCUCGCUAGUUUUAGGCGAUAGUGCAAUAGUUUAAAUAGCUGCAAAGGCAAGAUGCGUGUUGCAACUGCAUCACUCCGCCAUUGCCCGUAUAUAAGGCCAACCCCUACGCUGAUCACAAUCUGGUUGUCGAGUGGCGUACAACAAGAACAACAACAAGUCAUGCCAAAAGUGCUCCACAGUGGUUCGCUGGUUCUGGUGGUGUCGGUUCUGCUUGCUGUAGGUUUUGUACAGCACGCUGGCGCACUGCCAAGUCCGGACUUUGGGGUGCGAGCAAACAUUAGCCCAGCGCGAAGCGAUGUCACGAGCGAAGCGAAUCGACUACGCAACGAGCUGAACGACAUCACCGACACGAGGAUAACGCUCCGGUCUGGCACACCGAUGCUGGAGCAGCUGGCGACGGCCAUCGCUUCGAUUGGGCUUAAAUUUCAAACCAGCGGGCUGAAUCUCACGCAGCAGCUGCAAGUCCUCGCCCGCAGCAACGGCCCCUCGAUAGCGGACGCAUUCAACCCGGUGUACGAAACGAUCCAAACGCUGCACGAUCUUACCAUCAACGGUCUAACGGCCGAGAUGAUGAGCAUCGGGCAGCUGAUCACGGCCUCGGUCACGCAGAAAUUCAACCAGGUGUUCGGUGAGCUGCGCAAAUCGCUCAACUAUCUCACCGCAACGCUGCAAACGCUGGAAGCGGACGUGCAACGGGCUCGGUCGGUGGCCGGCAACGCGGCCACCAUCUCGGACACGAUCGUGCGCAACAACGUGCCGGCCAAAACGCAGAGCGACGUCGCGAAGGCACUGAUCGGGUUGCGGCUGCAGGUCGACGUCGUCCGGUACAUGGUACAGAGCACACUGCUCUAUCUGAAGGAAGCGGACGACUUCCUGCGCGAUGUCGUGCGGGAGGUGGACUCGUUCCGAAGUAUGCUGAGCACGUCGCUAGCUGGGUUCACGCGCAACAUGAAUAUGUUGAAGCGUAGCACCAUCCAGUACGCGACCCGGUCGUUCGGUUGUACUCUGGCAGAGCAGAACGCGACUCUCGUCCAACUCCUGCCGGGGCUCAGUCAGAUUGCAAACUACACCACCACGCUGCAGCAACCGCUCGAAGCAUUGCUCACCCGGCUAACGGCGGACUAUCUGUCCUCCGGGUUGAACGAUUUCGACCAACAGUUCAGCAGCUACCUCACGGCCGCGGUGUCCAUCGCGGGCGCGCAGGACAGCUUCGUGCGCGGUGCAACGUGCGAGCUGCUGAAGAAGAUGGUGCUGACGCUGAUCUCGUUCGGGCCACAGAACGAGUACUGCUUCAACCGGUACGCGUCCCGCGUGUACGGCAUGUACGAGCUGCAUCACAAUGCGGUGAGCGAGUGUUACGAGACGGAGGCCGAACGGCUUGCGACCGUGGCCGGCUUCCUGCGCGAUGCGGUCGACGUGUUGCUGUACGAUGCGGAAGACGUCGUGGACAAUCUGGCGGUCUGCGUUGGGCUGGUGAAUGGACGUGCCAAUUGUAUUGCGGAGUUUGGAUUGAGGUACACGACGGUAGUGCAACGGUUCGGCUUGAUGUUGGGCGAUACGAUGAAAUUCUAUACGGAAGAGUUUGCUGCCAGUGGCGAACGGUUGGGUGCGUGUGUAGUUUCCAGCCAGCACAAGACACUUAGCAGUGUGGCACGACUGCACCAGCGGGUUGAAACGUGCCAGGAGAUGCAUUGAAAUAAAUGUUUGAAGAUCCAUGUUUUUACUACUUGACCAGCUUCACUACGGUAUGGAUUAUUG